ACACACACAUCGCCUCCCUCCUCCUCCCCAAGAGCCGGCACAGAGGCAAAGGCCAGCCCUCCAGUGACAGGCAGAUCGAGGCCACAUGGAGACGCCACAGCAGCAAUCCGCCGCCGCCGCCGCCGCCGCCGCCCACGGGCAGGACGACGGCGGGUCGCCGCCGAUGUCGCCGGCCUCCGCCGCGGCGGCGGCGCUGGCGAACGCGCGGUGGAACCCGACCAAGGAGCAGGUGGCCGUGCUGGAGGGGCUGUACGAGCACGGCCUGCGCACCCCCAGCGCGGAGCAGAUACAGCAGAUCACGGGCAGGCUGCGGGAGCACGGCGCCAUCGAGGGCAAGAACGUCUUCUACUGGUUCCAGAACCACAAGGCCCGCCAGCGCCAGAGGCAGAAGCAGGACAGCUUCGCCUACUUCAGCAGGCUCCUCCGCCGGCCCCCGCCGCUGCCCGUGCUCUCCAUGCCCCCCGCGCCACCGUACCAUCACGCCCGCGUCCCGGCGCCGCCCGCGAUACCGAUGCCGAUGGCGCCGCCGCCGCCCGCUGCAUGCAACGACAACGGCGGCGCGCGUGUGAUCUACAGGAACCCAUUCUACGUGGCUGCGCCGCAGGCGCCCCCUGCAAAUGCCGCCUACUACUACCCACAGCCACAGCAGCAGCAGCAGCAGCAGGUGACAGUCAUGUACCAGUACCCGAGAAUGGAGGUAGCCGGCCAGGACAAGAUGAUGACCAGGGCCGCGGCGCACCAGCAGCAGCAGCACAACGGCGCCGGGCAACAACCGGGACGCGCCGGCCACCCCAGCCGCGAGACGCUCCAGCUGUUCCCGCUCCAGCCCACCUUCGUGCUGCGGCACGACAAGGGGCGCGCCGCCAACGGCAGUAAUAACGACUCCCUGACGUCGACGUCGACGGCGACUGCGACAGCGACAGCGACAGCGACAGCGUCCGCUUCCAUCUCCGAGGACUCGGAUGGCCUGGAGAGCGGCAGCUCCGGCAAGGGCGUCGAGGAGGCGCCCGCGCUGCCGUUCUAUGACUUCUUCGGGCUCCAGUCCUCCGGAGGCCGCUGAUCAUGGGACUGAGGUAGAGCGAGCUCGAGUGAUGAAAGCCGAGCCAGACGUUCGUGUGAUCUCGAGUCGUCGUCGAUGGACCCGGUUGCCGUUGCCUUUUGUUGGGUUAUUGCAUGCAUGGUGUGCUUCAUCAACUACUGGAAGAAGCCUGUGCCGAUCGAACCAAAACAGUUUGCAUUGUUGAGUUCCGUACCGUCCUGUAGCAACAAUGUAGCGGAGAAAUGCUACUAGUAGCUUCUUUU